GUCGAACGAACGCAAUCUCUUUCUCUUCCUCUCUCUCCCUAUCCCUCUUCUCUCUCUCUCUCUCCAGCAUCUAAGUGAGGAGAACGGAGAACCCUAGCGAUUUCACUAAAGAAACAGUUGCAUGGGGGAUUCAAUGAAAUUUGAUGGUGGUAUCUUCAAGUUCGUCGGCUCUUACCGCUUUUCAGAAAAGAGCAUUGCAGGUUCUGUUAACAGUUAACAGCAGAUAGCAAGCAGACUCCCAAUUCAGCUGAGCAAAAUAACCCAAAUCAAAACAAGCGCAAGCUGCUAUCUGGUGCAAUACAUAGAAUCCCUCAAACUACAAUGAGUCUAGCAUGUCUAGUGUGCCAUGGCAUGGAGAGCCCUUCACAUUCUUUCAGAAGCCAUUCGGUCUCAAGCUCAGAUGCCGAGGGACGGUGUGCCGCAGCCCUCAGCUGCUUCGCUCAGAAGAUCGCCAUCUCUGGUAACAAUAACGGGGCGGCCAAGGUGGCCCCGUUCCCCGUUAUAGGGAAUGGUCAAGGAGUGACUGGGGCACCUCGCCUUCAACGGAGCCGCGCCGUGUCGCGGGACCUUGUUCGGGACUGGAAUUUCGAUGAAGUUCUCGUGGGGAGGUAGAAAGUUUUUUUUUCUAAUUAUAAGUUAUUCUUUUUAUUCCACUUCCAACUCCAUGCUGUAAGUAUAUAUAUAUAUAAUUUUUAGUUAGAUUUGUACUUUAACAGAGUAUUGGUAGAUUAACUAAAUUAUGAGGAGAUGACUUUGGAAAUCAAGUCUAUUUAGAGAUUGUACAUAGUUUUGAUUGCUGGAUUUAGCUCUCCGGUUUGUUUCUAUUUCUUUUGAUAAAGUUUUCAUAAACUAGCUAAUUAAGUGAUGCAA